AGCACAAGUACGUCUUCAUUACUCUUUAUAUACAAUUCUUCUCUUGUAUCACUAGGCAUCAAUUAAUCUCUUUAAUCGUACCGUCCGAACCAGUUUGCAUGCAUUUCACAGGGUAUCCGCUACCUUCAACCAACAUAGUUUGAGAGCAAAGCAAGAUGGAGAAGAAGAGAAGCAAAGGGACUUCUCUAAUCCUGUGGGCUACAGUUGCUGCAUUACUCUUGCAGAAUUUGGUCAUUCCUGUAAUUUCUUGCAGAAGUCCUCCAAGAAAUUCGCGAACACCACCAUCACAUGGCUCAGGAGGUGGCUCUGGAAAAUCGCCUUCACAUGGAAGCGGUAGCCAUGGAGGAACACCACCAGCUAACUGUGGUAAUCCCCCAAGUGGAGGGGGUGCAGGUGCGGGCGGGCAGACUCCCACACCAACUCCUCCUUCGGGAGGAACUGGAAGUGGUUACUCUACGCCAUCCCCUCCAACUUCUGCUGGAAGUCCUCCAAGUACUCCAACAUCAAGUACCCCUACUACACCUACCACCCCCUCCACCCCACCAAGCACUCCGGAUAUCUCCGUACCAUCACCUCCAAUUGACCCCAAUUCACCACCUUCUGGAGAUGGUGGUUACUAUCCCUCCCCUCCAACUUCUGGUGGAAUGGCACCAACUACUCCUAUCAUAAGCCCUGACACUCCUAAUACUCCCGAUAUAUCCACGCCUUCAACUCCAUUUGACCCCAAUUCACCACCUUCUGGAGGGGGUUACAAUCCCUCCCCUCCAACUUAUGGUACCCCUUCCACACCAACUACUCCUAUCAUAGGCCCUGACACUCCGAGCACUCCCGAUAUAUCCACGCCUUCAACUCCAUUUGACCCUAAUUCACCACCUUCUGGAGGAGGUAGUUACUAUCCCUCCCCUCCAACUUCUGGUGGAAGCUCACCAACUACUCCUAUCAUAAGCCCUGACACUCCGAGCACUCCCGAUAUAUCCACACCUUCAGCUCCAUUUGACCCCAAUUCGCCACCUUCUGGAGGGGGUUACAAUCCCUCCCCUCCAACUUAUGGUACCCCUUCCACACCAACUACUCCUAUCAUAGGCCCUGACACUCCGAGCACUCCCGAUAUAUCCACGCCUUCAACUCCAUUUGACCCUAAUUCACCACCUUCUGGAGGAGGUAGUUACUAUCCCUCCCCUCCAACUUCCGGUGGAAGCUCACCAACUACUCCUAUCAUAAGCCCUGACACUCCGAGCACUCCCGAUAUAUCCACACCUUCAGCUCCAUUUGACCCCAAUUCACCACCUUCUGGAGGUGGUUACUCUCCCUUCCCUCCAAGUUUUCCUACACCUAGUACCCCCACUAUACCCAUAAUUCUCCCACCAACUACUCCUAUCAUCAAUCCAGGCAUCCCAAGCACUCCCGGUAUCUACUUACCUCCACCUCUAUUCGAUCCAAACUCACCACCUUUCCCGAUCAAUUACUGGACGACUAACCCAAAUUUAAUAUGGGGCUUGUUUGGAUGGUGGGCAACUGUUGGUAGUGCAUUUGGUGUGCCUGCAGGUGCUCCGGGGCUCGGGUCAAACUUCAACCUGCUGCAAGCACUUUCAAACCCUCGUACUGAUGGCCUCGGGGAACUCUACAGGGAAGGAACAGCUUCAUUGUUGAACUCCAUGGUGAGCAGGAAGUUCCCUUACACUACUAAACAAGUUAGGGAUAGUUUUGUUGCAGCACUUAGUUCAAACAAGGCUGCUGCAGCUCAGGCACAGCGAUUCAAGUUAGCAAAUGAGGGUCGAGUAAAGCCUAGAGUUUGAAACACAUGUUUCAAAAAUCACCUUGUAUCUUGCACUCAUGUCCAGUUUCAUUAUGAUUUCCUGUGAGUUUAAUUUAGGGGUUAAUUUUCAUGUUUCAACAGGAUACUAACUUAUGUUCAGGCAUAUGUAAAAUAUUACUUUGAUGUUUUACAUGUGUGAAUUCUGUAUCCAGAUUUGAGUAACAUUAGAUUGUCUCCUUUGUGAAGAAACCAUAUAUCCAAAUAAACAAUAUCAUA